UAAAACCCACCAUUUCACCCAUCUGUAGCAGGCGGAAAUUCCAAAAGCAGUGUUGGCUCGUAAGCUUUCUUCGUGCUCUACAAGCAAGUUUGAGAAAUUUUAUUUUUUAGCAAUCAACGGUGAUGGCUUCAUCUCUAGCUCUCAAGAGGCUCCUCUCAUGCAAUAUCCUCCCUAGCUCCUUGCGGGUGGUCCGCCCAAUGGCCAUUGCUCCAUCCUCCUCCAGGCUCUUUAACACCAAUGCCAUGCGUGAGUUCGACGACGAUGGUGACGAGCGUGACCUCAGUGAUGAACGCCAGCGUUCACUUUCUCGCCGCGGUGACGGUUUUUUGACAGGUAAUGUGUUCGAUCCUUUUGCUCCAACAAGGAGCCUGAGCCAAGUCCUGAACAUGAUGGAUCAGUUCAUGGAGAGCCCAUUUCUCUCCGCUUCCCGUGGCAUGGGAGGUGGUCUCCGCCGAAGCUGGGACGCUAAGGAAACGGAUGACUCCUUGAACCUUAGGAUUGAUAUGCCAGGGCUUGGAAAAGAGGAAGUCAAAGUGUCUGUGGAACAGAACACUCUGGUGAUCAAAGGCGAGGCCAAAGAAUCCAAAGAGGAGGAAAAUGGCGGGAGGUACACCAGCAGGAUCCAUUUGCCUGAAAAAGUUUACAAGACUGACCAGAUUAAGGCUGAGAUGAAAAACGGUGUGCUCAAAGUGGUUGUUCCAAAGAUGAAGGAGGAGGAGAGGAAUGAUGUGAUUCAGGUUCAAAUUGACUGAGUUAACUGGUUGCGUCCGGAUGAGGCUAAGUGGGUUUUCGUUGGUUUGGGGCUGUGGGUCUUGUACGUAAUUAGUUUUGAUAAUAAGGGCUUGGAAUAUAAUACGAGUAAUGUUAAUGUAGAACUUUCAUUUUGUGUUAACAGAAAA